AUGAAAUCCGUAUCACCCACCUCACUCACCUCCCACUCCGUCAGCCCCGGGCGGGCAAAGCACCUCGAACGAAACCGCAUCGCCGCCAACAAAUGCCGCGAAAGAAAGAAGAGAGAACACAAACAAAUCGAGCGGCGUCUGACCGACGAAACCGAGAAGAAAGAUAUACUCCUAGCACAGUUGAACUGUCUACGAGAAGAAGUCUGGGAUUUGAAAAACCUCAUCUUCCAACAUGCCGAGUGCCAAGACCACCGAAUCGACCACCAGCUCGCCAGAAUGACCCAGACCGUCCUCCAAGGUCCUUCCAACCCGGAUACGAAUAAUUCUAGCCUGCCCGACAGCUCAUCGCCCUCAUUUUCGACUGGGACGUGGUCCGAUGGGUCGGUCGCAGAUGAUACCAACCCCGUCGGACCGGGCGCAUACAAUAACAAUAACGACUGGACGGCGUUGCCUACAAUCGCGAACGAUUUUGCACCUUCUGAGCCGAAUGGUUCCAACGAUUCGAUUUUUGCAAACUUCAUCGAGGCAGACAAUGGCCCAUUAUUUACUUCCAUAUUAUCUCCGAUGAUGCCCACGGCCUUACCUACGCCACCCUACGGGGAGCAAAUGGCAACUUUCUCGCAGAAAUCAGUAAUGGGCACAGUAUUUGAGACAACUGAACGUUAUACAGAAUGGAAGCCCCUUGGGCUUGGAGUAUCUGGGCUUGUCUGCUCUGCAAGAGAUCAGCUUGCUCAUCGGACCGUCGCCGUGAAGAAACUCGCGGAACCUUUCAAAACACCGGCUAUUGCAAGACACAUGUUUCGAGAAAUGAAAUUGUUGAGACAGUUGCGACAUGAAAAUAUUAUCAACCUGACCGACAUCUUCAUUUCUCCCUCGGAAGACAUAUACAUUGUGACCGAACUUAUGGCAACCGAUCUUAAUACAAUUUUGAAGGCAAAAAGGGUCGAAGACCAAUUCGCCCAAUACUUCAUGUAUCAAAUAAUGCGUGGCCUAAAAUAUCUCCACUCAGCCGGUGUCGUCCAUCGAGAUCUAAAGCCAAGUAAUAUCCUGAUCAACGAGAACUGCGACCUGAAAAUAUGUGACUUUGGCCUGGCCCGGAUCCAAGAAGCCCACAUGACCGGCUAUGUCUCGACGAGGUACUAUCGUGCACCAGAGAUCAUGCUCACAUGGCGAAAGUAUAACGAAAAAGUUGACAUAUGGAGCGCCGGAUGCAUCUUCGCUGAAUUACUUCUGGGCAAGCCGUUGUUCCCCGGAAAGGACCAUAUCAACCAGUUUUGUGUUAUCACCGAUCUACUUGGUAGCCCCCCUGAAGCAGUCAUCAAUAAUAUCACAAGUGAAAAUACAUUGAACUUCAUCAACUCACUCCCAAAGCGAGACCGCACGCCAAUAUCACAGCUCAUCCCCAAGGCUAACGCAGACGCCACGGCAUUGAUCGACAGAAUGCUUCAAUUCGACCCUCAAGUACGAAUCUCCGCAACAGAAGCCCUCACAUCCCCAUAUCUCGCACCAUACCACGAUCCCAACGACGAGCCAGUAGCAGCAGAAACAUUCGAUUGGGCUUUCCUUGAAGCAGAUCUCCCAGCCGAUAUCUGGAAGACCAUCAUGUCAGUCCUAACAGUACAUGUCGAUGCAUCUCCGGACAUUCUGCUGACUAUUUCUAGGUAUGGCGAGGUGCUGGCAUUCCACGCAGAAAUGAACCAAACUGGCCAGAGCGGGCCGAUGAAAUCAAUACGCCAGGUGGAUGGAAUGGAUAUUGGUUGA